AUUUCAUGAAAUCAGAAAAAAAAGGAAUGGGCCGGGCAUGAUGGGCUUGAAGGCUUUUUGUAAAAAUCCGGUGUGUUGGCCAGAAAUAGUCCCAACCUCCCCUCUCAAAACCUACUCAAAAAAAGAAAAAAAAUACUCCUCUCAAAAAUAGUCCCAACCGUUACACCAUAGCUCUGGCGAAAGCUGGCAUUUCGUCCAUCCCCGCAACCAUCGUCCUUUCCAUCUUGUCCUCUUCCCCAGGCUCCAAGAAGCCAAGAACCCGCUCCUGCCAUGGCGCCGUCGCCGCCGUGGGCAGACCUCAACCAAGAGAUCCUAGGACACGCAUUCCGCCUCCACCCAUCCAUCGCCGACCUCGCCAGAGCCUCCGCCGUCUGUCGUUCCUGGCGCUCCGUCGCGCUGCAGAACCCUCCCCCGCUCCCCUUGCUGCUCAUGCCGGCCCCCAACGGGCCCUCCUACUUUCGUGUCUUCGGCGAGACCACCCAUCAGCUCCCACAAGUCCCCGACCACGCACGCGGAGCCCGCUUCUGCUGCUCCUUCCCGGGCGGCUGGGUCCUCGUCGAGCUCCCCGGGUCCACCGACCUCGAGCUGCUCAACAUCUACGAUGGCACCCGCCGCAUCGAGCUCCCGGACCACCCGCGUCAUCAGGACGCGUACCACCCCAUGGUGAUCUACGCCGCUACCAUGUCCGCCGCGCCGACUCCCGACGCCGGCGCCGGCGCCUGCAUCGUGGCCGCGAUAACGGCGGAGGAGAACCACGUCGCGUUCUGGCGCUCGGGGAUGGGCUUCUGGUCGCGGGAGGUGCUGCCGGAGGAGGCACAGCACGGAGCGGCAUGGCUCCCGUUGCGCUUCCAUCUUGCCCAGGACGUGAUGUACUACAGGGGCGCGCCCCGCCAUCCGGAUGUCCAUGGCGAUUGCUUCUGCGUCCUCACCGAUACGGAAGAUCUACUGUGGAACGAGCCAGGGGACGGCGAAGGCGGCGCGCUCACGAUGCGAGUCCGCGAAACCCAAUGCCACUCUCGUGAGCGCAUGAUCACGCCCACAUCGAGCGACCUGGUCGUCGCCCGCUACCUCCUGGUAUCCGGCGAGGAUCUGCUGAUGGUGAAGAGGUUUAACGUCCAGGGGAGAGACGCCGGCACGAUUUCGGCCAAUGUCUACUGCCUACAGGAGCGAGGGUAGGAAGAUGGGCCGCCCUUUGGUGGGCAUUUCUGGGAACCCCGCUUGCCUGUGACCGGUCAGCUGCUCUUCAUCGGGCGAGGCUGCUCCAGAGCGUUCCGGACGGGGGGCGCCUCCCGGGGCUACAUCUACUUCCUCGAUGACGUCGACCUUGACCCGCCGGCGAUCCUCCGGGGCAUCGACACCGGUCGGUACAGAUGCUCCUUGCCGCGCGAGCGGCCGGACAUCCAGCGGCCGGAGAUCCAGCGGCGCUUGCCGAGUGAGCUCUGGUCCUAAUCAUGGCCAUGGAUUUGGUACUUCGAUUCAGCCUGAUGCAGGUGUGUUGUGCUUUUGCAAUCUCGGCCGUCUGAUCGGACCAUGAAUGGCAACUUCGAGCACCUCUUACUAGAGUUCUUAAUUCAUGCUGCAAAUGUAGAAUUUGAGGCUUCAAAGUAACCGCUGAGACAUGAAGAACUGGAGAAGUUGAUGUACAGAGAUUUCUAUUACCCAUGCUAGUCUCUCGUCAAUUCGUCAUGUAUUCACUUUUUAUCGCUUUGAAUUGAUUCUGCAAAUGUUGAAUUUGAGUACUACGUUCAUCUCAUGUCACAUUUAGAUUCUGUUUUUGGACGAACUUACUGAUAAAUCUGAUUCUGGGUUGAUGCCUAAAUUGUGAGGCUAUCCAAAA